GCUGGUGCCCAAGGCGGCGAAGGCCGCGCUGUUGGGCCUUUUGCUGCAGCUCAUCAGCCCCGACGUGGCCAACAUGCUCGGCGGCGAGUCCUCCAAGAAGACAGUGGGCCCCGGCGAGAAGACUGCCCGCGGGGUCGCUGCGAACGUCAUGAGUGUUUACGCCUAUGGGUUCGUCGGUCCCGCCAGGAUGCAAUUUUCCGGCGGGGGGCCCACCAGCGCUCUGACAAACCCUUUCCUCGCGUUGGGUUCUCACGCGUGGCCGGGAGCGAGGCAAAACCUGAACACCUUCCCCGCCAUAUUAGUGAAAGCAGUAGUCUCGGCGAGGACGGAACUACACGCAGAGAUCCGCAACGCCAUCGCUGAAUUCCUCAUCCCUCUCAUGGAAGAGGAGGCAUCCACGAACAACCCGAUGACCGGCGCGGACCUCCUCCGUGGCGUCCGCGAGCGGAUAAUGGACGUCGACCCCGAGUCGGAGGAACUGACUGGCCUGAUGUCCCGCAUCAUGUGGCGCUUUACCAAGGCGCACCAAGCUUCCACCCGCAAGACCCUCACCUUGGGGUACCUCUUGGGACCGGAGAGACUGAAGGAAGACUUCCUUGGACAGGUUGUCACUCCCGCAUUGCUGCACGCAGCUAACGACAUCGCGGCCCUUCCGGUCAACGAGAUCGGCACCCACGAGACAAUUGUCUGCAAGGUCACCCGGAAGUCGAGAGCCUGGAUCAAGCUAUCUGCCGGCGGCUUUGGUUCCGCCAACGCCCGGGCCUUCCAAGAGAGCCUAUGGUACAACUUGUUCCAGUUCAUGACUGGACCGCGACGCUGCACGGCGGCGAUCCUUACCAUCCCCAGCUCCGACUUCCACAAGCCGGAGAUCAUGCGCUUCCUCGCCCCCUACUACGUCGAGAAGGACAGCCUCGUUGUGCCGGAGACCCCGGCGGCAGACGUUUACGUCCAGGAUGAUGAUCUUGAAGCAUACCUCAACGACAUGUUUUAAUGUUUUGCGUGCGAGGGGCGGGGCCAUGGCCGUGUUGAUGGUAUAUGGCAGGUGCCCAUGGAGAGUGCAUCUCGAAUAGCAUCGGUGCAUCCAUCUUGUCAUGAAACCUCCACUAUUUGCGGGAGGUGUUGGCGUGGGCCGGCUGUGAGCUACGAAUCCGUGUUUCAUAAACCUUACCACUGGUACACGUUAAACGAGAAGUUGACAAGUCAUGUUUUUGUGGCCGGGGGAUUGGAUGGAUAAUUAAAUUAGCGUGAUGGGAGUGGUGCACGUGGGUAGCUUUCGGUGCUGCAUCGAGAUUGGUAUGGCUCGAGCCUCGCGUCUUGAUAUUUCCGUAUCUCAUGCAUGGUCCAUCGAAGGAAAAGUCUUCGGGGCAGUUUUUCCCGAUGUUGUAGUUUCUCACAAAGUACCUCAAUUUUUUUUGGUUUUCAGUUUAUUCCAUCUCAAGAGAAUAUUCAUCGUGGCAGUGUUUAUUGGGUGUAAGUUACUCAGAGUCUUUCGACUUUUUUUUGUUUUAAUUUAUUCCAUCAAGAGAAAAUUCAUCGCGGUGGUAAGUUACUGAAGAGUCCUUCAACUUUAAAAAAUAUAUAUAUUCCAUCGAGGGAAAAUUCAUCGUGGCAGUUUUUCUUGGGUGGUAAGUUACUCAAAGAGUCCUUCAAUUUCUUUUGCUUUUAAUUUUUUCCAUCGAGAGAAUUUCAUCGCGUUGGUUUUUAAUUGUUCCAUCGAAAGAACAAUUCUUCGUCCCAGUUUUAUAGAUUUUUAUCUUUUUACGAUGGAAUCAGAUAAUUUGGGGGAGAAGGUUUGGCAUUCAUUGCCAGCUGGCUAUGCUGGGCACAUGGAGCGUGUUCGUUCGUGUUAUGUCGAAGAAGCAUUAUAUAUUGCGUGCAGCGUUCGGCCUCUGUACGUGCAAUCGGUGACGUCAGCAUGUACCCUGUAGGGGAGGUAUAUAUUGGGUGCCUUGAGGUCCCCUCAUAGUAGCAGUAUCAUGCGGUACGUUGUUUGUUGAUGGAAUUGAUGCGCCGGAGUUGUACAUGUUACGAAGGGAGGGGGGAACAAGGAAAGGCACGGAUCAGGGCGGGGGGCGGGGGGGUGUCAAAAGGCGACAUAUAUGGCGUAUAUGAGCUUGAGCGUGUUUGUACGUCAAGGAGCACUGCAGUACAUGCUGCUGCAAGGGACGACAAGGGAAAGACAAAAAUAAAGACCAAUGAAACAAAAAAUACAAAGAGAAAAUAACCAAACAAAUGAAUUUCGAAAGGAAAAUAUCCUAAUUUUCGGCCCCGUCAGUACCACUUGGCUGACACGGUCUCCACAGGGUUUUCCAGGGUGUGCACCCCGCCAGGGUCCCUGAGUGGCAGGGUACGUACAGGGUGUGGGAUCAGUACCCUCGCAGGGUACCCACCCUACCAUUGGGUCAAGCCUGCAGCGUAGUCUUUCCAGGGUGACCUUGACAGGGUGAAAUCUCCCCACCCUGGCAGGGUAGCCGAAUGGCUACGUGCGCAAUCAGCACAUCCGUUCUCUCUAACCAAGUCCGACACCAAGAGAGACAGCCAAAGCGUUGAGUU